ACGAAAAAAAACGCGAGGAGCCAAAACAGUAACGGACAGCUUCCGCCACGCUGACAGGUCAACAUGUCCGCCCUGAGAGGACUUCAGCGGCUCAAACCCGCUCUGGCUCGACAGGCGUCCUCCAGUUUACGGAGCCUCGCGGCGGCGCACGAACCAACGCCGCUGGCGAAGAUGGAGAACCCGUACAGGGAGCCGGAGAAGGGCUGCACGCUCUGUAACGUGACGGUGGAUUUUAAAAACAUUCAGCUGCUGUCCCAGUUCAUCUCCCCUCACACCGGACGGAUCUACGGCCGACACAUUACUGGUCUGUGUGGAAGGAAGCAGAGGGAAAUCUCCAAGGCCAUCAAGAAAGCCCAUUCCCUAGGUUUCAUGUCGGUGACCCACAAACACCCGCAGUUGAUGAAGGACCCCAACAUCUGUGGGAUCAAGCAUCUCAACUAGACAGACUGAAACCAUCUGAAGUGUGAGCAAAAUAUCUGGUCUGUGUGGUGGCGCUGUUGGCCUGUAAACGUUGGAGCAGCUUGUUAAAAGUUUGUGGUGUUUCCUGCGCACCCUCAUCUGCUGACUGCUUCUCUCUCCUGUCACAUGUGGUGAAGUUCUGGUCCCGUCAUCGUCAGCCCUGUGUGGCAGAACCAGCACCUGCUGUAACAACCUGCCUGGUUGUGCGGUAUCACGUGACUCGACUAAUUUUGUGGUCUUUUUUUUUACAUUUAUUAAACCACUGAAGCUAUGAACUCGGCUUUCAUCCAGUUUUGCUGUCCUGUAGAAACAAUAAAGAGAGCUUAUAUCAUGA